AUGGUGAACUUAAGGCAAUCGAUAUCAACACUUCGUAAGAAAGGCAAAGAUGCAGUUUCUAUGCCAUCCCCAACGACAAAGUUUCGAAAGUCGGCUGGAUCGCUAACUCCAACAUCGAAACGGAUGAGCACAUUAGCCAUGUUUAAGAGCAAGACGGAUGAAGGCAAUACAACUGAAUUCGACAGCGAUGAUCUAGCGUCUCAUAUUGGGGAGAUCAAAAUGUCAUCGCCAGUUCUUGUCAAGUCUCCUAAUAAUAGUCGUCGAACUACAUCACUUUCCAAUUUCACAGUAGAAGAAAAGGAGGAAGAGAAAGAGGUCGAUCUUGCACGAAAGACCGAUCUAAAGCUUCAGGAGCGACGAGAACAGCGACGACGACGCCAAGAAGAGCUACAGAAACAACUUCAGCUGAAGCUACAAAAUUCAACAGAUAGUACCAAUCCAAGUAUCGAUGAGUUAAGUGAUUUCCCUGGGGCUCUUCCUUUGAUGGGGUCAGACGAUGUUGUUGUAAAACCUAGAGUCUCAGGUGGUCGGAAAAGUGCUGCGGUUCGUAACCGGCGGGCUGAGGAAUCGGACCUACCAACCAGGGAAAGCAGACUUUCAGAUCAAAGGAAAUCAUCGUCUCCAGGUAGACGAAUGUCGCGGAGGCCGAAGCCAUUGGAAGGGGAAGAACAGCAAAACGAUGGCAUUCGCCCCUUUAUGCCUCUUCAAAAGGAGCUUAGUGGCGAAACAAUACCUGAGAUCGAUGAAGAUGAAAAAAUGCCUGGGAGAACACCAAGGGAGCGCCGAAAGGGCAAAAGAAAAGGAGACUCGGAAGAGUUCCAAGUAAGCCCUUCGCCGCUUGGCGAUCAAAAGGUAUUCGAUGGCCAAAAACUUGGGCUGAGUAGCCAACGGAGAGAGAGAAGGAAGACUGACAUCGCUUUGGGCCAAAGAAAGACACUUUUUCCAAAGGGGACAGGCGACUUUUCUCAGUCGUCAUCACCGGCUACUCCGAGCAAUAACUACCGUUCCUCAGCACGAAACCAAACCGACACUGGUGGGCGGCAACGCCAGUCGAUGCGGCCAAGGCUUACUGCUGAUUUUGCGGCAACGGUUGAUUUAGAGACCAGUACCAGGUCUAGCUUGGACUCCAGUAUGAGAUCCACUGGACGGGCAACUGGUUUGGACAGUAGCUUAAGGUCUACGGGAUGGAAACCGAAAAUACGGGGAAGCUGGGAUGAGGGUGUCGAACAGCCUGGACUUUCAAUUCAAAGCGAACAUCGGACCGCAGCGUCAAGGAGGAAACGGCGUGACAAAAUGGAGGAGCACAAUAAUUCACUCCUUCUGCACACAAGUGAACAUGGGCAUACUGGGGCAAGAACGGCAAAGAGAAAUACAAUAAAUGCUGGGGUCGGCAGGCGCAAACGGGUCGACAAUUCCUCAUCUCCACAAAGCGAUACACGAAGACGAAGCCGCGAAUCAGAAACAAUGAGAACAAAUAGAAGCCUUGAUGAUGAUCUAAUACAUACAAACUUGCAGAAGUCAACUCACAGAAAAGAAAAAUCGAAUGGAGUGCGCUUUGACGUGAAAGACGACUCACACAGAAAUACGAGAGAUAAAAAUGAAGGCGAGCGUAGGAAAAGUUCCAAAACAAGUGAGAACCCGAAAGCAAAGGUAGACAGAGAGAAGAUGCUAAGCCCUCGACCACCCACACUGAAGAAAUUAUCACUAAAGAGCAUGUCAACAAAAUCCCCAAGAGGAGAGAACCUGGAGGGCCCUACUCCGCUGCCCGUGUGGGAUGAUGAAUAUGGUGCAAACGCUGAUAACUCCAUCAAGACGCAGUUUGUCGACGAGGUCCAAAAUGACGAGGGAAACAGAAGCUCAAAAGAGACAUCUGAUGUCAAUGCGUUGACAGCUAUGGAGGAUGCUUCAGAGAGCCAGCAUGAUUUCGACUAUCAGGAGCCAUCUCGAAACCGAGUACCAGAUGUCGAGUCAGGGGAGGAUUGGCUAGAGCCAAUUGUUGUAGAUACGAGAGACAAAGAAGGCAAAAUUGAGUCUGCUGCGUUGCUACAACAGAACAGCGGUGAUGCUGUCGGCGACGUCGCGAAAGCCAAGCCUCCCAAGAAAUCUCGCAAAAGCAAGAAUCUAAGUUUGGAGAAGAAUCAAGAUGGCAUCGUGGACGAGAACUCCACAUCGUCGAGUGGCGGAUAUAUGUCAAGUUCUAGCACAGAAACCCCUGAAAUUCCAAUGGAGGUGCCCGUUGCGGACGUUGACUUUUCGAAACGCGUAUCAGCGCUGAAUCCAGACGGACACAGUUCUGAAAGUUCUGAUGAAUACACUAGUGCAGGUUCCAGUGAUUCUGACGAUAGCGGCGAUAGUUCAACUUCCAGUGAAAGCUCAAGCGAAUCUGCAGAAGCUGGAGUAGUCCCGGCCGUUGUAUCAUUUCAAGGAUCAAGUGAAGAUCUUGAUGACAUCUCCUCCUGUGCCUCGCCGGGUCCUGGAUCCGAAAACGGGGAAAAGCUAGAUGGGGAAGACAGGAAAACUAGCCGUUCUGGAAAGCCUACGACAAUAAGCGCACAAGAUGACCAAGUCUUGCCUGCAAGCCUCAUGGAGAAGGUUCCAUUCGAGUCCAAUACUGAAGCGCCAGAUACCAAUGGCAAUGUGAAAGAAGCUCAAGUCGGCAAGGAGGAAGAUAUUCCACCACCUCCUCCUCAUGGACCUGCCGAGGAUGGCAGGCCCAAGUAUGCUGACCUAUUCCAAGAAGAAAGUGAUGAUGGCACGUUUGAUGAUAUUUUUUCCAAUGAGAUUGGCGCCCUUGAGGGGACACUACAAAACAUGGGCGACUUGUUACUGACGCCAGCACCACCAGGAAUGACGACGAAGAAAUCAUUACCGGACGUUCCUCCAACCACCAAUGAUCUCGGGGACGGCCUGGUGGCAAAGCAAGAUGCGCAGCCAAAUCUUGAAGCUACGACUUCGCCACUAGCAGCGGUUGAUAACAGUGAGAAGGCACCUUCCCAACCUACCGAAUCAAAAAAUGAAUCGGAUGGUCAUGUGCAGUUGCAGUCAACUGACUACCAAUUCUUGAUGGACAUACUGAGGCUAAUUGCCUCUCCAUCAAACGAACAACAGACGAUGAUGGAGAGCAACCCUACCAUGAGCAAGAAUGCCAUGAUUGCCGCUGCCAAACAAGAGAACCUAAACCGCCAACAGCUUGCUACAAAAGUGAGUUUGUUGGAGUCACAGUUAUCCACGUUGCAAAAAGACCUCGAAAAGCAGCAACUUGAGACUGGGGCCCAUAGGAUGCAAGUUGCCACACAGGAUCUGACCAUUUUGGAAUACAAAGACUCUGUGGAAAGUUUGACUCGAAAAUGCGAGUCAUUGGAAAAGGGAACGGGUGCCAUCACUUUGAAAUGCCGAGAGCAAGAAGAAGAAGGAUUUAAAAUGAAGGAGUCACUAGAGGAAACCAACAAACUCAUAAAGGAGCAGCAGAUGUUCAUGAACGCCCAGCAGAGGCAGAUGCAAACUAUGGAAACAAAGAUUGCAGCCCUACAGGAAUCACGUGACCGUGAACAAUCCAAAAUGAUUAUGCAGAAUGAAAAAUUACGGGAAAUAAUUCAGAUUCAAAAGGACACAAUUUUGAAGGCCUUGGGAAAACGUGGGGAAACAGAAGUGUUCGAUGCUUAA